AUGGAUUUAAGAAUCGGAGUACUGCUGAUCAUCAGCGCACAUAUCUGCACAACAUUGGCUCUUCCGCCGUGUACAUGCACAAGAAACUUAAAUCCAGUGUGUGGCUCCGAUGGAGUAGAUUACGCCAAUCCGUGUCUCCUAGAGUGCGCUGUCUAUACCUCAGGCAAACAAAUCACAAUAGCUAAGAAAGGUCCAUGUGAAGGAUCCCUACCCCGAGUUGUCGUACCAGAGGACUGCGUCUGUCCCUAUUUGUACAGCCCAGUAUGCGGUAGUGAUGGCAAGACUUAUUCAAACGAGUGUGAGGUACGCUGCCAGAAGCUCUCCAACCCGUCGCUGCAAGUAGAUCGCGUUGGUCCGUGCAAAACUGAACCUGUGCUGGUAUGCCCAGCUAUCUUACUCCCAGUAUGUGGAAGUGACGGUCGAACGUACAGCAACAGCUGUGAACUGAACUCUCACACGGUGCAAGAUCCAUCAUUAAGUGUGGCGCACGAUGGCCCUUGUGAAGACAAAGUAAAAGUGAAGGAUUCGCAAGUGGAGUCAGAUGUGAAACCAUAA